AGUGGGAGAAUGGAUACAGAAAAUCAUUCUUCAGUUACUGAGUUUAUCCUUGAGGGGUUAACAGACCAGCCUGGACUCCAGCUCCCUCUCUUUGUCCUGUUUCUACUGAUCUACAUGGUCUGCAUCGUGGGAAAUAUGGGCUUGAUCUUUUUAAUCAGAAUCAGUUCUCAGCUUCAUAUGCCCAUGUAUUAUUUUCUCAGUAAUCUGUCUUUCAUAGAUCUCUGCUACUCCACUGUCAUAAUUCCCAAGCUGUUGGUGAACUUUGUUUCAGAAAAGAAUCUCACCUCCUUUCCUGAGUGCAUGGCUCAACUCUUUUUCUUCUGCUUCUUUGGUAUUGAUGACUCCUACAUGCUGACAGCAAUGGCAUAUGAUCGUUAUGUUGCUAUCUGUAACCCCUUGCUCUAUAAUGUCACCAUGUCCAACAGAAUCUGUUUUCUACUGGUCACCAGUGUGUAUACAGUGGGCGCCAUUGGAGCCUUGGUCCACACCAGCUACAUAUCUAGUCGAUCCUUCUGUGGAACUAAUAUCAUCCACCAUUACUUCUGUGACAUCCUUCCUCUUCUGAAUAUAUCUUGUUCAAGAGAGUACACCAAGGAACUCUUGGUAAUGAUUUUGGUUGGAUUCAAUGUAUUUGCAUGUGCCUUAGCCAUCUUUAUCUCUUAUGCCUUCAUUCUUUCCAGCAUCUUAUGCAUCCACUCAGCUGAAGGCAGGUCCAAAGCUUUCAGUACCUGCAGUUCCCACCUUGCAGCUGUUGGGGUCUUCUAUGGCUCCAUCAUCUUCAUGUAUUUUAAACCAUCUUCCAGCAACAUAAUACAGGAGAAGGUGGCCUCUGUGUUUUAUACCACGGUGAUUCCCAUGCUUAACCCCCUUAUCUAUAGCCUUAGGAACAAGGAUGUCAAGGAAUCCCUUAAAAAAGCCCUAAAUAGUGGGUUAUUUUCUCAGUCUGCAUAG